AUGAUAGAUGACGCCAAGGAAGAGCAAUCAAUUCGAAACGCGAAUGAAGAAACAGGUGUUGAUUUCGUAAAGGACGAGAUUGAAGGACAUUACGAGCGUCCGCCGUAUUCUGAUCGCUCUGAAGUGAUAUCCUCAUAUCAUGUUCGAAACACUGAUGUUUGGAGGUUAAAACAAUUAAGGCCUGCCGACGAUGACUACACUAGUAACCCCAUAGAUAUAAUGGUGACCCAUGAUUGGCCAGCUGGUAUUGUGGAUUAUGGUGAUAAACAAUCACUUCUGAGAAUCAAACCGUUCUUUUAUGCUGAUAUUGAAAGUGGAAAAUUGGGAAACCCUUCAACAAUGCAACUUCUUUAUGAUAUACGUCCGCGUUACUGGCUAUCAGCACACUUGCAUGUAGCCUUCGCCGCUUUAGUUCCCCACAAAGCAAAGGAUGGCUCUGAAUGUGCUGCGCCAACGCGUUUCUUGGCUUUGGAUAAGCCUAUUCCCAGGAGGCAUUUUAUUCAGGCUUUGGAGUUGGAUAUUGCAGAGGACGUCGAAAUGAAAUUGUCAUAUGACCCUGCUUGGCUAGCGAUUUUGAAGAGCACGGACGGUUUCACUAGCAUAUCCCGAUCG